GAGGGAGAUUUGUCAUGAGCUCUCCAUUGCUACGGAGACACUCGAGGCCUAAAGUUGUGCGGUCUUAUCAUCAUGGAGACGGCCUUGAGAGAGUAGAAGUCUGAGUUCUUCCAGGAAAACCAGACGAUGCCGUCUGGCCCGAGCAGGUUCUGAGCCUUUAGUGAGUAACGACCUCCCUGAGGAGAAGAAGCCAUCACGUGAGUGUUCACCUCCUUUGACUGCUAAAAAUGUUUCUGCUUUCUCAAAUAUUGCUAUUACUUUGUAGUAGACGCCGUUGAGGUUGGCGAAGAAGCACUGGUGGAACCACCAGCCACUGUGGCUGAUCUCAGCGCAGACAUUGCCCGUGUCUGGCGUGCUGAAGCCGUGCUGGUUGUGGUACCAAGCGAAGGAGUCCUCCACGGUCCCGCUGGAACCAGACACAUGGAGGCGGUACUGGUUCUUCUCAUCCUCGAUCCUGCAGGGCGUGGCGGUGGACGUGGCUCCAGUCCUGCAUGUCGAUGCGUAGGCUGUAGUGCCCCUGGUUGGACAGCAGGUGGAGCUGUUGGUUGCCAGCCAGUGUUCCCCCCACGGGUCACCGAAGCCAUGGCGGUACUCGGACCAGCCACGGUUGAAGCUCACUGAGCCAUCGUGCCGCUUUUGGAGCACCGUCCAACCUCCACCUUGGUGAACACGAAGAACCCUUCGAACCUCACGCUGGCACGAGGAAGACUCAAGAACAUGAAUGGGUAUAAAAUGGAGGCGCGGUGUGGACAACCCAACAACUAAAGUCAUUCAGACGGUCAUUCAGCGUGCUCGUGAGACAACAUUCAGUAACACGAGAAUGUGUCCUGCGUGGCCAUUGGUGGCGGUGCUGCUGGUGGGCGUGGCCAAAGGAUCUGACAGUCCGUGCUGGGAGCUUCCCACUUGCCAGGAAGUCCACUCGGAGAGCAGCAUCAUGGAGUGCAUCCGACUCUGCCAUGCCGACGUCAGCGCCGAGAAGCCGCAGGUCCCGGGCGACGCCCACCUGCAACCGUUCCCUCCCCCCGAGUCGGCGCUCCCCCUCCCCCCCUCCAAGCGCUCCUACGCCAUGGAGCACUUCCGUUGGGGGAAACCCGUGGGCCUGAAGCGGCGCCCCAUCAAGGUGUACGCGGCCAACAGCGUGGAGGCGGAGUCCAACCGGGUUCUGAGGAGGCGUGACCUCGGGGAGGAGGAGCAUCAUCUCUCAGGGGGCGUGUACCAGAAGAAAGACGGCACCUAUAAGAUGAGGCACUUCCGUUGGGGCGCCCCGCCGACCGCCAAACGCUACGGCGGCUUCAUGAGAGGCUACGACGAGCACAGCCAGAGGCCGCUGUUCACGCUCUUUAAAAACGUCAUCAGCAAAAGUGGCGAGCGUUGACGGCAUGAGGCCCCAGCCUUUUUUUUUUUUUGGUUAAAAUUCAAGUUAAUCUAAUUUUUUUUCCUCCUAUGCUCAUCAACAUAUGUCAGUCCUGUGUAACUCACACGCUAUUGCACCUGACGCCAGCAGAGGGCAGCACAUCUUCAGCUCUUAUCACUUUAUCUUGUCCUACUUCAUUGCUCCACUUGGGGGCGCUGUGUAACCGGUGUUCCAAUUUGUACCUUCUAAAAAAACACGUCUUUUGCCUCGAUGAAGGUGGGAAAACAGGAAGUGUCCUUCAAUCAAAUUAAAUAAAAUGUGUGUGAAAGCUC